AUGUCCGCCAAUAAUACUCCCAAUGGCAACUCAACAGCCCUAUCAGCGCCGAAGACGCCCAAUAAGUUGAAUAGCGCCUCAUCAUCUAAUCCUACCGUACACGAUGCCUCGACUCUUUCCGAUGUUCGCGCCACCCUGGCCGCCUUACACCUUCGCGAAAGCUCCAUAACCGAUCGCCUCAAUGCGCUUCUCUCAUCGCAGGCUGAUCUAUCCCGUGAGCUAGGCCGACUUGAUCUACUUCGCGCAAACCUCGGCUCACAAGUCAUCGCAACAAGAACCAUCAGCAAUGGGAUGCUCUCCUCAGCCGCCGAUACCGCCGGGCGGCUUUCGAGCCGAGUCAAAGAGCUCGACUUAGAAAAGGAUAGGGUGCAGCAAACAUUAAAAGUGGUUGAACAGGUUGCAGAACUCAAAGCUUGUGUCCAUGGAGUUGUGGGUAGCAUGGGUGCGCCGCAAGAUUGGGAAGCAGCCGCAGGCUACAUAUCCCGCGCGAGCAAGGUGCCUGAGUCCAUCAUACGCGGUGGUUUCGCUGCUUCCAUGGUUCCGAGCGUCGAGGUGCCGGAUGCCCCAUGGGUGACGCUCGAGAAUGCAAAAGAAAGUUUAUGUGGUCUGUUUCUACGAGAAUUUGAAAAGGCAGCCAAAGAAGGUGAUGGCGCCAAGGUCACAAGGUUCUUUAAGCUUUUCCCUCUCAUAGGAAGAGGUGAUGUUGGAUUAGACGUAUAUGGGCGAUAUGUAUGUCAGGGCGUAGCUGGCACCGCUAGGUCAACCCUAAGAGCAACACCAGGGGACACGGGGAAGAGAGAUGGGUUCUUUUAUGCCAAUGCGCUUACGAAGCUAUUUGAACAUAUCGCCCAGAUUGUGGAGAAUCAUGGUGGGCUCGUAGAGAGGCAUUACGGUGAAGGAAAGAUGGUCAAAGUCAUUGAACGACUCCAGAUGGAAGCUGAUGUACAAGGUGGCAUUAUCCUGGACUCGUGGAGCGACGAAAGAAACGUUGACCGGAAACUCACUGAUGUAAAAAGCUAUCCCUUUUCCUUCCUCGUCCAAAGCUUCUUGCCGCCACAAAGGACGCUCGCAGGCACACCGCGAGUAAACUCACCAGCACAAGGCAGUGGGACAAAUGCACGAAACAGUGAGGAUGAGGGUGUGGAUAUGAAAGAAGUAGAUGGCUUACUGAGCGAAAUCUCUGUCAUGCUGGGUCGAUGGUCACUGUAUUCACGAUUUCUUGCUGGGAAAUGCAAAGACCCAAAUGCCCCUGAUGAUGCUCCCCUAUCAUUGCCAGAUGUUGUUAUGAAGUCCAACCUCAAUCGAAAGGUUUCAGGGAAGCUCACAACACCUUAUAAUUCCUUAGCAUUAUUCUUUUUCAGGAGGUCUGUUGAAAAGGCAUUUCAACUGGAUGAAUCUCCUACCGGCCUCUCCUUAAACCCCAACCAUCCUAUCGAUGGAAAUGCCCCUUACAUUAUCUCGGCUGUUGAUGAUGUGAUGUACAUCGUCAGUACUAUCAUACAAAAAGCCAUGUCGACAUUACAACGCGAAAUAACUGCGUCUGUCAUUCCUGAUGUGGGGAGAGUAUUAGGGUCAGAUUUUAUCGGAAUGAUACAGCGAAGGUUGCGAGAUGAAUCAUAUCCGCAACCUACCGUGCAUGGAGGUCUUCCACCGGAAAACAAGAUUAUAUCAUUCAUCGUACUCACGAAUAGUCUCGACGUCGCAAAAGAUUAUCUAGCUCGUAUCAUCACUUCACAGCUAGGUGAUUCGGCCGAUGGAUCAAAUGGAACAUCUCACCAUCACCCCCUGGCCACAUCCUACCCAUUCGAGCACGACGUCACAUUCGUAAUUUCAGCGCUUAAUUCGUUAAAUUCGACUUUCUCUAUUAAGGCCAGUGAACUGAUAUCGAACGCGCUAAGAGUUCUCUUUACCAAUGUCGUAAAGCAAAGGCUAAAGCCGGUGCUCGUUGAUGCCUUCCGAGAUGCGGACUAUUGGCGUUCUGAAGAGGAGCUGGCAGAGAUUGCGCGCCAGAACGAUGAAGACGAAGAUGAAAUAAUCGAUCGCGUUCAGCGGAGGUUUGAACAUGGUUGGGAUGCGUUAAUGAAGCCUAUUGGGCGGCUGAUGACGCCGAGGACAUUCACGGCUCUCAUAGAUCUUACAGCCUCGGAUCUUUCCAAGACGCUAGAGAAAAGGGUGUGGAGUUAUGGUGGGAAAACGAGUGCAUACGGCGCAAUACGCAUGGACCGAGACUUUUCGGGAAUAGUCAGCACCGUUGCCAGAGGUAACUACUCUGUAAGGGAGCUGUUUGCGAAGGUGACACAGAUACUCAUGGUGGCCAAUAUGGAGGAAGAGGAGUGGGAGGAACUGAGUAGUGAGGAAGGCGAGGACAGUAUUCAAUGGGUACUCAACGAAGAUGAGAGGCGGAGAGCUAGGAAUCUUGUCAAAUCAUGA